CGACAACCUGUUACGUAGACAGUCCUGAACAUGGCAUCCUCUACAGUGGUAACAAGUCUACAACGGUGAGUGGAUUGGUGUGUCAAAGAUGGACAGUUGAUGCCCCACACAUAAUUGACCCAGUCUACUCAAAAGAACUCGCCAUGACCUUUAACAAAAUGGUUGCUGAAUCAUCAAACUUCUGUAGAGGUUUUAGAAAUGGCAAGCCUCCCUGGUGUUACACGGUGGAUGAGUUUGUCAAGACAGAAUCUUGUGGAAUUCCCCGAUCUAUUCCAGCUUUACACUGUUAUACAUCUAACAACAAUGGUGAAAUACUCUACCGCGGAAUCAUCAAUGUUACCAAGAGCAACUUCACCUGUCAAUCAUGGGCGUCACAGCAGCCACACCCACACAAUCUCACUGAGAUCAAGAUGGGCAAUGUAACAGAGACUCUCCAGGAGGCGGGCAACUCGUGCAGACCAUCCCCAGGACACCCACCCUGGUGUUACACCACUGACCCAGAUGUUACAUUCGAUUACUGCGACAUUCCGCUGUGUGACGUCUUCAUAUGUGGUGAUCCACCUAAGAUGCACAAUGCAAAAAUUACAACAUACGACAUGAUCGGCAAUCGGUAUAAAUAUGUUUGCGUGAAUGGUACCAGCUACGUCAGAGGAAGUGUUACUUCAAAAUGCCGCAACAAUAGUAUCUGGGAAGGCCCGACAAUUGUGUGUGCACGUACGUUAAAGGGGGAUAUUUGGAAAAGAAUAACUGCAAAAAUCAGUGCAUGCGGCGUGGCAGAACGUACACCACAAGAGGCGAAAGAAAAAUGGAGAUCGUUGAAAGGGGCCGUCCUAAACAAGCAGAAAAGACAGACGAAAACGGGAGGUGGACCACCAGAUAAACCAAUGCCAUACGAGGACAUCAUCGUGACCAUAAUUGGAGAAAAUUCAAACCUCUACACUGGAAUAGAAGGAAAUGAGUGCAAAAUACCUCCACGUGUACCUGGUGCCAGAACAAUGCUUGGCGCCACAGACCAUAGACAAUUCCGGUCUGUGAUCUACUACAAAUGUCUCCCAGGAUUCCAGUACGUAACAGGGACAACAUUCGCAACAUGCGAUAUCAGUGGUCGAUGGAAACAGCCUACAAUGAUAUGUCUAAAUCCAAGAUGUUACGUCGUUAGACAGGGGAACAUCAUUUACACAGGACCGAUUAAUGUUACGAAGAGCAACUACUCCUGUCAAGCCUGGUCAUCGCAGACACCCCACAAACACAACACCUCUGAAAUAAGGAUGGCAGCUCUUAAUCAGACACUGGAUGAAGCUGGCAACUGGUGUAGACCUUCCCACGGUCGACCGCCAUGGUGCUACACCACGAACCCGGAUGUGGAAUUUGAUUACUGUGACAUUCCACAGUGUCGUAAUGUUCUUUGUGGCAGUCAGCCAAAGGUUCCUCAUGCUGAGGUUGUAUUUUGUGAACGAGAUAUGUCUGGAUGCACUUACAAAUGUACGGAUGGCAGCAAACACAUUAGAGGAAGUAACGUUAUAAACUGCCAAGAUAACGGCCAGUGGGGAAAACCUGCAAUUGUAUGUGCACCAUUCUCAAUGUCAAGACAGUUUCUUCUAUUUGGCUUCAUCACAAUGCCAGGUUAUGUCGGUGUUGACUGCAACUCUUUUAGUGGCGGCUUUGGCAGCAACUGCAGCUGCAUAUGA